CUCAUGCAGAGCACCCGCCUUUCCUUUUGACCCCUUCCAGUCUCUCCCCGCCCUUUGUUCUUGCCUUCGCUCUCUUUUGUUUCCUUGAUUAGAUCUCGCCCAGACGCAAAUCUGAUCAGGACGCGCUCAGACGCACUCAACACAUCCGGCCGACGUCCCCAACGAUGGCUAGCGCUGCAGUCACCCCGCCCAUGACCAGCACCCCAGGCGUGCACCGCAUCAAGCGCAAGCCAGUCCCCUCCAUCGACGUUUCCGCCUUGCUCGACUUGACCCCACUCUCUGACUCCCCUACACCUACACCACGCCGCCAGAAGCGCGCCUCUCUUCCCGUGCCCGUCCCGCGCGAUGUCUGGAGCAUCAGUCCUCCCUCCGAUGACAACGUCGGCCUGGGUAUGUCUUUGCGCGGCACCAACGCAUCCUCACCAAUCGUCGCUUUCGAACUGCAACCAAGCCCCCCGCCAGAGUGCAUGAUGUCCUUCAGGACAGAGCCCGACGUCUCAGCCUGCUCAAGACCCACUUCCCCUCCCCACUACCGCAAACGCUCCAACACCUUCGGACUCGACGCCCCAGCUUCGCCACUCCCCUCCAUUACUUCCCACCUCACGGCCAAAGGCAGCCCCUCCCCCAGCGGGUCAGCGUGGCACCUCUUCACACCCCCAUCUGGCGUUUCGCGCCAGUCCAGCAGCAGUAGUGCCAGCUCCGGCUCUAGUCAUCAUUACAGCGCCAGCACGCCCUCCGCCAACCUCCAUCCCGUCGAUGAGGACGGCACCGAGAGCGACGUCUCCUUGAGGACGCCCCCUCGAGUGCCUGACGCGCAGUCAAACAGAACGAAGUUCUCGCGGUUGUUCUUCCUAUCCAAGCGACGACCGGAAAGCAUCAGUCAUUCAACCUCUGCCGACUCAAUGAGACACGCUCGUCUACGCAAGAGUUCCAUCUCGCUACCCGUCUCCGUGGAGCUGCCUCCCGGCGCAACGCGGAACCUCAUACCAAUCGCUGAAGUGAAGCAGCGUGCGGUGUCCACGCCACUCGUUCUCGGCACGCCGACGCCACAGCGCUCUGCGGAGGGUCCCAUCACGCCCAUCUCGGAGGAUGGCACGUCAAUGUUCGGCUCGACCGAGUCGCAGUCUACUCCCCCCUCGUCCGUUCAUACACGCUCUAACUCAUCCGCAUCAUCGUCGGACAAGGCGGGCAGGAGUGGUGACAAGACACCCCGCGUAGCGCAGGACGAGGACACGAUCGACACGCCCCGCGCCACCCGGGAUGAUAGUCAACGCACAGCGUCCGGUUCAGACGUGGCGAUCGAUCCUAACCUCCUUCAGCCCGAACUGCUCGACCGACUAUCGUCCCUCCCCUUGCAUUCGUCCUCCGGCAAUUGCGUCGCACUCGGCGCUAUCCUCAACGGCUCUACGUCACCUGACCGCCCUCGCACUACGAUCGUCCUCUUCCUCCGCCACUUCUGGUGCCCGCUCGACCAGGAGUAUGUGUCGAAAGUCCGCGCCUCCCUCGAGCGCCUCGACGACACGCCCCUCAUCGAUAAGCCCGAGCACGACGUGGACCUAGUUCUCGUGAACACAGGGGCCCACUCGCUUAUCGCGAAGUACAUGCGCGUGCUCGGGUUCCCAGAGGGCCACGUAUAUGGCGCGGGGAGGCGCGUUAGCGUGCGCGUGCAUAUGUACACAGACGAGGCGCGAUUCGUGUAUAGCACGCUCGGCAUGAGGGAGGCGACGGAGACGCGCGUGGACGAUGUGCCUCGCGCGAGGAAGGACAGGAAGACUGGGUUUGUGGGCUUCGUCCUGCGCGCGUUGCGAGGAACGUCGUCAUCAGCGAAGAGCGGUGAGAUCAACCAGCUAGGCGGCCAGUUCGUCUUCGAUGUGACCAUGGAAGGGUCUCUUCGUUGCAAGUACGCACAUCGGAUGGAGAACACCCGCGACCACUCGCCGUUUGCCGACCUCCUAAAGGCGGCAGGCGUCGAUUCAGCUGCCGACUCGCGCGACCAGUCCGACGCUCGGCCUGGCUCGCGCGCUAGGAGCCUUAGCUUCGAUGGCGCACCAAAGAAAGAGGCGGUAGUGCAGCAUGCGGUGACCUUCGGUGCGACCUCCGGCGCAGCGGCAAAUGACCACAAGCCAUCGCCCGACACUAUCAGGGAGCGCAAGAAGCGCUACAGACAUAGCGUCUCUUGGGGUGGAAACCUGUCCUCCGCUGUCGGGACGUUUGACUAGAGGAUGAAGCGGUGGUCCCAUUCUCCCCGUCUAUCCGGUCAUACCCUCUCAACCCUCGGCCUCGCACAUCUCUUUCGACUUCAACGCCCUGUCUGCGCAUAGUUUUUCCCUCGCACGUCACGACCAGAUACACGACGUAGUCUCUGCAUCGACUCCUCGCAUACCUUCUGUUACUUUGCAUGGUCCCCCUCGCAUCGCACAUCGCUAUCUAACACAUAAAUUAUCCUAUCUCACGCUCCCUCUAUGCAGUCAGUGAAUGCUCUAGUAGGCUUAUUGCAGUAUGUAUACAGCACAUGGAAAUACCUGUACUUGUACGUCGCGCGUUCGGACUCGAACAGUGUCUUCAUGACAGGCGGUAAUACUCAGUCGAUAAUUAUGCUAUAUCUCCAGAGCAGAAA